AUGAAGUUCGCCCCCGUUGGUCUCGGCAACAAGAUCUCGUCCUUCAUGCAAUUGGAGUACUUAACCUUUCCUCUCAAAGGAUUCGUGGACAUCUGCAACGACGCCGCAAUUCUCGCAGUCAACGCUACAGCUAACACAACUAACGCUAGCAACGCCACCGACAACAGUACUAUGGACGCAACGAUCAGUUUCUACUAA